CUUUUAGAGCAUUAAAGAAGAGGGAAACAACAACAACAACAACAACAAUAACAAUAAUACAGAAUAAAAUAAACUACACAGAUUUAUUCUCAUCACUCGAGGUUUGUGCUGCAGAGUCUUAUUUUAUUGUUUUAUUAUAAGAAGAUGCCUAAACCCGGGUCCUCGUCUCGCGGCCAGCUGUCUGCCAAGGAGGCGCUCGCGCAGAGCUCCGACGACAGUGCUUUCGUCCCUACGGUCACUGCCAUCGCCACGGCGCCCAACCUGAAGUGGAUGGUCUUGUCCACUGACAUUUCAUCUGUCGGUCCCUGCAGCGGAGACAAGCAUAAGAAGACACAUCCACCUCCGAAGAAAGCACACACGCAUCAGAAGAAGACACACACCCCUCAGCUGAAGAGGGAACCCGAGGGGGGACCAGGGGUCUCGGUGGGCCGGAGGAAAGCGCAGAAAGAGCAGCUGUCUCCAGAGGAGGAGGAGAGGAGGAGACUCCGGAGAGAGAGAAACAAACUCGCAGCCGCGAAGUGCAGAAACCGCCGACGCCAACUGACCGACAGUCUGCAGGCCGAGACAGACAGUCUGGAGGAAGAGAAAGCUGCUCUAGAGGCUGAAAUCAGCGGUCUGAUGAAGGAGAAAGAGCAGCUGGAGCUUCUGCUCAUGUCCCACAAACCGCACUGCAAAAUCUCCACUGAGAUGGAGGGGGAGGAGAAAAACGAGGAAGAAGAGAAAGAGGAAAAGGAUGUCUCUGAUGAGACCUCACAGAAAAAGUCUCCGACCUCGUCUGUGACUCUAGAAAAGAUGGCCCCGUCCCUUGUUCCUCUCCACCCGGAGCCCGUGAUCUCAGGAGACUCAGACGUGCUGCUGUGCUCCAGCGCGGAGCUAGAGCCCUACAUCGACAUUAAGGACGUGGCCAUGGAGGAGCUUGGAUCCAAAAUACAGUACGAUGAUGACGACAUGGACCUGCUGGUGCCUGACAUUGACCUGAGCACCUCUCUGGGCCUGAGCGAAUGGGAGACGCUCUACAUGAGCAUGGGAGGAAGUCUAGAGCCACUAACGUUCGAUUUCACUCAGGCUGAGGAGUGCGACAGCGGGAAAACGAAACCCGCAGCCGAAAACUCCACGCUGCUGACAUUAUGAAGAUCUGAGCUGAAGAAGAGGAGAGCUUUAUAUACAGCAUGAGAAAAGAUUAAUUUAUUUCUUUAAUCCCAUUCACUCCACCUAGUCCACCCAAACACCAUAGCAUCAUCCCCACCCAAAAUGUAUUAAUCGCCAUUCGAAUACCACAGAUCACAACAAAAAUAUCUUCACCCAGAAUACCAUAAUCUCAAUCCAAAAUGCCAUAAUCUCCAAAGACCCACGAAAAAUACCCUAAUCUCCAAACCCUUCAACAAACUUCCAUAGAUUCCCUCAAAUCACUCUAAUCUUCACACAAAAUAUGCCAAUGUCCAUUAAAAACACCCUAAUCUCAAUCCAAAACCAGAUCCUAUCCCAAAAUACUGUAAUCUCCCAAAAAACAUCCAUCAUAUCUCCACCAUAAUGUCCAAAUCUAACCCAAAAAUACCUUAUUGUCAAUCCAUAACAUCAUUUCCAUUA